AUGGAGGAAGGCGAGAGACCAUUGUGCCCACUGCGGCAGCAGGAAUCGAUUAAGAAGAAGAAAAACCAGCCUCAGCCUAAGCCUCCGCCUCCGCCUCCGCCUCCACCAGUAAUUGAGACGCCGUCGUUGAUUGGAGAAGAUUGCGGAGGUAAGCGCAGAAAGAAGAAGAAAAAAGAGGAGGGUUUUGCCAAUUUCGCCAGUUUACCUGUCGUCGUUCCUGAAGAAGAUAAUAAGAGUAAGAAUAGCGAUGGGAAGAAGGAGAAGAGUAAGAAUAAGAGAAAGAACAAUGGCAAUUCAGUUGCCGAUGACGCCGACCGCAAGAGAAGAAGAAAAGCCCCCAUACUCGUCGGCGACCGGGUGGUUUCUCCGUAUUUUCAGAAUCUUCAUGGAGCAAGAGGCGGCGGAGAAAAAGGUAAGACGUUUAGCAGCAAUAUUGUAAAUAUACAAAUAUGUGAAAAUGACCUAAAAUUCAAGAAACACAAACACAAGAAGAAAAAGGAACCAGUUAGUUGUAAUGAGGCCGAGGACAAUCCCAAUGCCAAUUCCAAGCCCACCAACAAAAGAAGAAGAAAACUCUCUGAAUCCGAUGGUGGCCAUCGGGUGGUUUCUCCGUAUUUCCAGAAUUUAGGAGGAGAAAAGGGUAGCAUCUUGCCAGCAUCUGCCAUAAGUUCAGAGUUGGUUUUUAGUAAUGUGGUAGCUGAAACUGAAAGGUCAUCUUAUGGAAAUCAAACCAAGAACUCGGAACAGGGAAUUUGUAAUGUGGAUUCACUCGAUGUUAAUUCCAUUGUCAAUUCCGAUCAUAAAAGAAGAUGGAAAACGCCUGUAAGUGUUGGAGACCGAGUGGUUUCUCCGUAUUUUCUGCAUCAAGGAGGAGAUAUCAAAAAGGGUGAAAUGUUAGAAACCUCUCUUGACAAUUCGGGCAUUAAUGUAGUAGCUGAAAUUGAAAAGGUUUCUCAUAAACAUAAAACCAAGAAAAAGGAACAUGCAGGUUCCGAUGGUAUUGGUAUCAAGAACAAGAGGACAGGGGUAACACAACAUGAUAAUGAUAAAAGUAGUGACAGCUAUGCUCCCAAGCUCGAGGAGAUUACACCAAAAGCCAUUCACAAAGAUGAAAAAAUAGAAUCUGCAGGUGUAGUAACUGAUGACGUCACUGAAGCAGAGAUAUUCGGUGAUAAUUGCAUUGAAAAGAAGAUUAAGAAGAAGGAGAAGAAGACGGAAAACCAUGAAAGAAGCACUAUCAUGAAGGUGGGAAAGGAGAAAGAAAGGGAUGUUAAAGAGAAGUCGGGGAUCAAUCACCAAAUAAAGGCUAGUCAAAGUAAUAAUGUGAUUUUGAGCCUUGAGGAUGUGCUUGCACAGUUGGCAUACAAUGGUGGUGCUAGUAUGAACAACACACGGACUGACGAACAUGAAAAGAUGGUCAAAAAUGUGCAAACUUAUUCUCAGAUUAGUAGUGCAAAGAAACAGGUAGUGGAAGAAAAGGAGGAGAAAAAGCAGCAAAAUGAAAGUGAAACAAAACCUCCUUUCCCAUUGAAUAACAUUACCAAUUCUUCCAUUCUAGUUAGCGAGAAUGGGGGGAGCACAACUGAGGAGCAUGCCACUAUGCCAAGCACCUGCAGAACCUUCAGAGGUGAGCAAGUGAGUCCAAAUAGUGCAGAAAAUGGACAGGUUUCUCGCAAGAGAAGGAAGAAUAAUGAAAAGCACAAAAGAAUAGCACACAUUGAAGUUCGAAAGGUUUCCCCUUACUUUCAAAAAUCAAGAGUGGAAGAAGCGAUGGUUAACCGGGGUGAUGAAACAAAAGAUAAGCCACCUAAACGCUGUUCAAAAACUUGUUCCAAGUUUGUGAAGGUCUCUCCCUACUUUCAGAAAGAACACAAAGCAGAAGGUAAUGUGGUCGGACACUUGUUAGGGAGUAAAAAAAAGCGCAAUAGAUCUCCGGGAAUCAAGACUGCUCUUUCUGCUUCCCAGAAGAAAGACGAAGCAUACCUAAGACGAACUCCAGAUAACACAUGGGUUCCUCCUCGCUCUGAACAUGGUCUCAUCCAAGAGGAUCAUUAUCAUGAUCCUUGGAGAGUAUUGGUGAUAUGCAUGCUCCUUAAUCGCACAAGGGGAUUGCAGGCAAAAAGAGUUAUAUCUGAUCUCUUUACAUUGUGUCCUGAUGCAAAAGCUGCCACUGAGGUUGCCACAGAGGAUAUAGAAAAGACUAUAAAAACUCUUGGUUUACAUAAGAAGAGGGCGUUGAUGAUACAGCAUUUGUCUCAGGAGUAUUUGCAGGAAAGCUGGACCCAUGUUACUCAGUUGCAUGGUGUUGGCAAGUAUGCAGCUGACGCUUAUGCAAUAUUUUGCACUGGUAGGUGGGAGCGAGUAAAACCUACAGAUUACAUGCUAAAUUUCUACUGGGAAUUUCUGCGCAAAACCGUACCGAGGGACGGUGUAAGAGAGAGUUUGGUUGGAGAGCAGAUAGUUGCUAGUUGAAGACCUUAACGUGUAUAGAUCCUAUUUUGGGUUUGUCUUGUAGAUACUAAUUUUGUAAUUUUAUGAAUAUUUUGCAACUUAAAGAAGGAUUUUCAGCUUGAAUCUUAAGCUUAAUCCUCAAGGAUAAACAACAUUGUUUUAAGUGUUUUUUCACUUGGGUUUAUUGGAAUUAUUAGGCUUAAUCCUCA